AUGAAAAACGUUCACGUUAUGGUCUUGUCUUUGAGUAUCCUCAAGGCUGCGCGGCGUCAACCCCAAUUUCGCUACGAAAUCGCCUUAAACUCGACCAUCAAUCCCGAACCCGCCGGGAUCUCAAUGAGCGAUUCGAUUUUGCCCGCGCCCGAAUUCUCUCAGCCUACAGACUACUAUAACAACUUUUCAAGCGAGAAUGUCCUCCUUUUUGAGGCUAGCACCGGUGAAAGUGUGAUCGAGCAGCCUUAUGUCUGCGGAUUUUCCUUUGCCCGUCGCGAUGCCAAGUUCGAGCUCAGCGAGGAGAUUGCCUCCGUUUAUCAUGACACCUUUUCAAGUACCGCAGAACGGCUCUACUGGCACCUGCACCGCCUCGCAGCCACCACGAUGCUGUGUCCUCGGAUGCUCAGUGCAUUCCGUGUAACCAAAAGGACUCUUCGACCCUCGUUCCGGCACACACAAACCAACAACCACACGUAA